AUGCCUCCAACAGGUAACAAGAUCCCCACUAACUCCCGCUCAGCGAACCGCGCCUACAAGGAAGCCAGCACUAGCCGGUGGCAAUUACUACCCCUUUUCCGGUCAUUCUUGGAGCAUAGACCGACCGACACCAUGCUCGCCGUUCAAGAACGCCGCCUUCUCGUCUCCUGGGACCUCAAAGCCAUCCAUUACUUGAGGAUAUGCUUGAGGACGUGGGUUCUGGACAAAGUCCCAGGCGACGCGAUCGGUGCAUUCCUCGUGACUGUCUUGUACGAACAAGACUUUCAUCUGGAUUACCGGCUAACCAUGAUGGUGAGGGAUGGACAAACCCAGCUACACAUCGCUCGUCGUGUGUUGGCAUUCUAUCAAAUCCGAGACGAAGCAGACGCUCCCAUCUGGGAUAAUGUGGCCGUCUACGGUGAAGACACCCACUCGAAACCGCGAUCUGUUAAGAGCAAGAGUGCUGCUGGAAGCUCUACUGUCACGAAGGAGCUUCCACCACGUAUCCCUACACCACCGCCUGCUGACCCGAGAUGGCCCCUCUUCAUGGGUGCGCUUAGCGACCCGGAGCUUGAAGACCUCGUGGACAAGCUAGGAGACGACGAUCAUGCAGAGGGGGAUCUGCCCCCCUUGUUCACCGGUGUGCGUGAGGAAGAUAUUCCCAUCAUCCAGGCGUUCCGGAUAUUCAAUAUCCACAAGAAUGAUUCCUCCAAGGACCUUCCUCUGCCUGAUGGGACAGAUCGGAUUGAAUAUACCUCGAAGCAGACUAACAUAUCACAGGAUAAGCCCCUCCCUCCUCUUCCCAUGAAGGAGUCUCUCCCAACCCUACCCACUGACAAGGCUCUUCCCGCCUAUAAAUCCCUCCUCCCACUCCCACCUCUUUCACGCCCGUCAAGUCCGAAUCCCUCAUCUGUGCGUGUGUCGACCUUCAAAGCAGAGCAGAAGCUUAGAGUCAGAUGGGCUGACUGUGUGCAGAGCGAACAUGCUGACAUUGAACAGGGGAAGGGUAAGACUGAACUACGUUCGUCCCCGGCAGCUCGCCCAGGGCUUCCCGUUGACGCUGACGCCAACCGGCCACAUCCCCCUCGGACGUUAUCUAUGCCUAUAUUCGCAGUCCUUGGCAUUAUAAUGUUCCGCCGCCCCUCCUCCGCUUAA